AUGGCUUGCAACGGCGUUGUAUCCCGAGAGUCCAUAGCCUGGCGCGGCGGCGACAAUGAAGUCAUACAACGAGCGCGUAGUCGAAGAGACGGAGAUCCUGUGCCGUUCUUCUUCGCGGACGAUAGCGAUGAUAACGGGAUAAUGCUCGGUGCCUUCGUCGAGGAAGACGACGAAUCCGACUUCCUCCCAUUCCCAUACUCUUACGCAACAUCCAAAAGUGCUAGUCUCCCCGCUGUGCCUCAAGCCAGAGUAAGUGGCACCAAGAGACGCAAAUGCAGCUUCACGAAGAACAUCUCCAUGCUCGCGCUCAUGAACCCAGCCCGAGGAUCCUAUCUCAAUCCCAUGACCACUGUCAAAAUAUCAGCCAGAAUAGCCAAGACGCUCGCAAAGCUGCGGAAACCAUCUAUUCUAGUCGCUCCUGUAGCAUCAAAAAAGGAGCCAGCUCUCACUCCGUCCACAGGCCAUUUAAACCACAUCAUUACGGUACCGCCUCGCCAACAGUCGUUCACUCCUAUGUGCGUCCAGAACUCACACUCCAAUGCCGCGAUCAUGAGCAUGAUCAAGCACCAGAGACUGCUCACAAAGCGCCAGCAAAGCGGCAAAACCGUCGGUCGCAGGUUGCGGUCGGCGAUGGGCACGGAGAGGAUUGCUGCGUACGAAAAGCCUAAGAAAGGGAUGGGCACGACCAAUGGCCGGGUCGCGGGCGGCAGCAGGGUGUUGGGGGAGAUUGAAGACAAUGAUGCUGGACUGGAGGGUCACCGUUGA